AUGGAGGUCCCCCUUCAAACAAACGGCCUGUGCUCACACCACAGAGGUCCCCCUUCAAACGAACGGCCUGUGCUCACACCAUGGAGGUCCCCCUUCAAACAAACGGCCUGUGCUCACACCACAGAGGUCCCCCUUCAAACGAACGGCCUGUGCUCACACCACAGAGGUCCCCCUUCAAACGAACGGCCUGUGCUCACACCACGGAGGUCCCCCUUCAAACGAACGGCCUGUGCUCACACCACAGAGGUCCCCCUUCAAACGAACGGCCUGUGCUCACACCACAGAGGUCCCCCUUCAAACGAACGGCCUGUGCUCACACCACAGAGGUCCCCCUUCAAACGAACGGCCUGUGCUCACACCACAGAGGUCCCCCUUCAAACGAACGGCCUGUGCUCACACCACAGAGGUCCCCCUUCAAACGAACGGCCUGUGCUCACACCACAGAGGUCCCCCUUCAAACGAACGGCCUGUGCUCACACCACAGAGGUCCCCCUUCAAACGAACGGCCUGUGCUCACACCACAGAGGUCCCCCUUCAAACGAACGGCCUGUGCUCACACCACAGAGGUCCCCCUUCAAACGAACGGCCUGUGCUCACACCACAGAGGUCCCCCUUCAAACGAACGGCCUGUGCUCACACCACAGAGGUCCCCCUUCAAACGAACGGCCUGUGCUCACACCACAGAGGUCCCCCUUCAAACGAACGGCCUGUGCUCACACCACAGAGGUCCCCCUUCAAACGAACGGCUGUGCUCACACCACAGAGGUCCCCCUUCAAACGAACGGCCUGUGCUCACACCACAGAGGUCCCCCUUCAAACGAACGGCCUGUGCUCACACCACAGAGGUCCCCUUCAAACGAACGGCCUGUGCUCACACCACAGAGGUCCCCCUUCAAACGAACGGCCUGUGCUCACACCACAGAGGUCCCCCUUCAAACGAACGGCCUGUGCUCACACCACAGAGGUCCCCCUUCAAACGAACGGCCUGUGCUCACACCACAGAGGUCCCCCUUCAAACGAACGGCCUGUGCUCACACCACAGAGGUCCCCCUUCAAACAGAAACGGCCUGUGCUCACACCACAGAGGUCCCCCUUCAAACGAACGGCCUGUGCUCACACCACAGAGGUCCCCCUUCAAACGAACGGCCUGUGCUCACACCACAGAGGUCCCCCUUCAAACGAACGGCCUGUGCUCACACCACAGAGGUCCCCUUCAAACGAACGGCCUGUGCUCACACCACAGAGGUCCCCCUUCAAACGAACGGCCUGUGCUCACACCACAGAGGUCCCCCUUCAAACGAACGGCCUGUGCUCACACCACAGAGGUCCCCCUUCAAACGAACGGCCUGUGCUCACACCACAGAGGUCCCCCUUCAAACGAACGGCCUGUGCUCACACCACAGAGGUCCCCCUUCAAACGAACGGCCUGUGCUCACACCACAGAGGUCCCCCUUCAAACGAACGGCCUGUGCUCACACCACAGAGGUCCCCCUUCAAACGAACGGCCUGUGCUCACACCACGGAGGUCCCCCUUCAAACGAACGGCCUGUGCUCACACCACAGAGGUCCCCCUUCAAACGAACGGCCUGUGCUCACACCACGGAGGUCCCCCUUCAAACGAACGGCCUGUGCUCACACCACAGAGGUCCCCCUUCAAACGAACGGCCUGUGCUCACACCACGGAGGUCCCCCUUCAAACGAACGGCCUGUGCUCACACCACGGAGGUCCCCGACUUUAGAAGACGUCACGCUCGCACACGUUGCUCAUGUGCACAGCGGGACACGUGA